CUUAAAAAAGAAUUUAAAAAAGUUACGGAAAAUACAUCAAUUAAUAUUUUGAGGCGAGGUGAAAAGAAUGGAAGAGAAGGUUACAAAACGUAAAUUAGAUACAGUUCGUACACGGAUAGAAGAAUUAUCAUUGGGAGAUUGCCCCCUUUGUGGAUUACAAACAAUUGAGGAUGUAGAUAGACCUUUUUUUGAUAGUGGAGAUGAUUAUUUGGAACAACUUAAAAUGUGGAUACCUUGA